UCAAUGUGCUAGAUGAAGAGAAGAGUCAAAUGACUCAAUACUUGAUUCAAAUCAGCCAUUUUUCAGGAUGUAGGGUAGUUGGGUAGGGCUGUCUAAUGUUUACUUAUUAGAAUGCACUCUGUUCCGUCAACACUGCUAUCAUAUGGUCAUAAGAAUGUCGUUUUAUCACUUGAAUGGGAGCUAGGAGUACUCCAACAGUUUUCUACUUUUCCAACAGUAUAACAUUUUGUAAAUAAUGAUGCAUAUGUGGUUCUGGUUUGGCACGGAUCUCAGGCCAUUUAUUCUCCCUGGAUACAACGUUACAACUACCUGGGGUCUAGUUGCAACUUGUCUAGGACUCAUAGCCCUGGCCAUCACCUACGAGGCCAUGAAGACAUUUCAAAUAAAAAUUCGUCAGAUCAAUAAAGCUGCAUUAUCUCCAAGUGCAUCCAGUGUGAAUGAAAACUCAUUUCUCUUGUAUCAUUUAGUACCUGCAGGUCUAGCUGAUAAUAGAGGAUUCCGUUGUCACUCGUUAUGUCGGUGGUUAAUCGAGGUGUUUCACUAUGCAGUUCAUGCUGCACUUGGCUACAUAAUGAUGCUUGCAGCAAUGACUUACAACGGAUACAUUUGCCUGGCCUUAAUAACGGGUGCAGCUAUCGGUUAUCACAUUUUUGGACCGACGUUGCUAGCCCUCAAUUUGAAAGAAGUUCGUCGAAGGUACGAAGACGUCCCGUGCGAAUCAGAAUGCGUUGGGGCAAAUGUCGAGACGUCUGAGGGCGGGAGCCAACAGUCGACAGUUUCUGUUGUCGAACCAGAAAUUUCUGCAGUUAAUGCGGAGGUUCAUACUCAAAAUGAUCCCCAGAACGAACAAUGAUUUUCUGCUCAAUUCUCAUCAAAGCGGACUGAUAAAAUUAUGUGCUGAUAUUAUGAAACUAGUGAGGAUAUUUUUAACUGAUUGUUUUAUAUUGACAAAUUCUACGUGGAUAAAUAUACAUGUUGUUUUUACUAUGUUAAA